AUGUCGAAAGAAUUGUUGGAAUCUAAUUUGAGUACAAUAUUUGCCACACUUCGAAAUACGGAGCAAUAUUGGUGUAAACCGAGAAACGAUUUAAAUUGUAUGACGCAGCAUUAUGGACCUGCGACAUGGUUUUUAACACUCAGUCCAAGUGAGUGGUUGUGGGAAGAUUUAGGUGAAUAUAUUCGUGAAGUAGAUAAAUGGCAUGACGCUUCCUUAAGCGUUAGCGCACUCGUUGUUAGAGAUCCAGUAUCAACAUCCAGGUUUCUCGAUAAUAAGUUUCGGGCAAUGCUUGAUUUCAUUAGGUCUAAAGAUCAUCCAAUUGGAGAAGUAACGCACUAUUUCUGGCGACGAGAAUAUCAAGGUAGAGGUAUACAACAUUUUCACUUAUUAAUUUGGAUUAAAAAUGCACCAAUUUUCGGUGAAUCUACUAUUGAGGAAGUUUCCAAAUUUAUUUCACAACAUAUAAGCUGCACAAUACCGGAUCAAAAUAUUUCGCCAUUGUUGUACAGACGUGUUGAUACGCAUCAGCGACAUACACAUAAUGAUUAUUGUCUUCGUUCUAAAAAAGUAGGACGUAAAGUUAUUCGUCGAUAUCGUUUUGGAUUUCCUCGUCCCAUUACUGAAACUUUGAAUAUCAGGGAUGUGGCAACUUCGAUAGCCGGUAGAAAACAAUUGAAACAUAAAAGUAGACUUUACGAUCUUCCUCGAACGGAUAAUGAAGGUAAUAUAAAUGACUAUAAUCCUGUUCUUCUUACUGCAUGGGAAGGUAAUAUGGAUAUACAAUUUAUUGGUGAAAAAUCAUUGCUGCUAACCUGUAAGGACAACAAAAACAAAUCAUUAGCGAGUCAUCUUUGGAAUAUUGCUUUGCGAUUUACGAAUAAUAGAGAAUGUGGAGCUCUCGAAGCUGCUGAUACAUUGUUAGAAAUUGAAGCUCUUGAUCCUGAAUCUACAGAUGUAUUUUAUCAAUCUUUGACAGAUGAUCAUUAUCCACAUAGACCAAACGAAUUAGAAAAUACAUCUCUUUAUGAAUUUGCACAGUGGUACGAUAUCUCAAAGAUCAAACCGAAAAAUAAGUUUAUUGAAUAUUAUAAAAUAGAAGCAUUGCAAUAUCAUGAAAGAUUAGAAAAAUUACAAAAAGCAUUUGAAACUGCAAAACAGUUAGUUCAGCAAUGCUUAGAUGACAAUUUGCAAAAAGAUCAGUCUCAGGAUGAUUCUGAAAAUGCAAUAGGUAUUCAAAAUAUAGAGGCUGGUGAAGCAAUGCAAGAUUUUAAAGAUCUUGGUGAUAGAGCAAUUCAAGAAAUUGAUGUAUCUGACAUGAUAGUAAAAUUAAAUACGGAUCAAAAACGAAUAUUACGAUUAUAUGUUAGCGGAGGAGGUGGUACUGGAAAAAGUUUCUUAAUCAAGACUAUUAAAUGCUGGAUAAAACAAAAUCUCAACAAAGAUACUGCUGUAACAGCACCUACUGGUAUAGCAGCAUUUAAUAUAGAUGGUUUGACAGUUCAUAGAUUGCUUCAAUUACCCGUUGAACAUGGUCAAACUCCUAAGUAUAAACAAUUAUCUGAUUGUGUAUUAAAAGUUUUACGAACAGAUCUUAAAGAUGUUAUUCUUUUCGUAAUUGAUGAAGUGUCAAUGAUAUUUAAUUUGACUUUAAUAUAUAUUCAUCUUCGAUUGUCUGAGAUAUUUGAUACUAGUAAUUGCGAUGAUGGUUGGUUUGGUCGAAAGCAUAUUCUUUUAUUCGGAGACUUGCUUCAAUUGCCUCCUGUACGCGAAGAUCUUAUUUUUACACAUUUAUCCGAUCAAAAAAUUGCUAAUUAUCUUGGUUCUUUAAAUGCUGUUAAUUUAUGGAUUACAUUAUUUGAAUAUGAUGAAUUGAUAAUCAAUAUGCGUCAGCAAGGAGAUAAUUCAUACCGUGAAUUAUUGUCGCGAAUUCGUAUUGGUUUAGUGACAAAAUCUGAUUGUAAAAUUCUAGAGAGUAGAAAAAUAUCUUUUAAAGCUGAUUCUUUCGAAUCUAGAUUAAAUGAAUUAUGUGAUUUUAUUAACAGUUUAUCAUCGGACACUGUUUGUUUAUUUCCUACUUGUAAUAUGUGUGAUGUCCUUAAUAAUGCAAUGUUAAGUCGCAUUACUUCCAAAGAAAUAUUAUUAAUUGCUGAAGAUACGAUUGAUUGUACAUCAUAUGUAAAAAAGAAAGUAUUAAAAGUAUUGUCAAAUAACGAUGAUGAUAGUUCUUGAACAGCUGGACUUUCAAAACAAAUUACAAUUAAAAUUGGAGCAAAAGUUAUGAUUCGGCGUAACAUCGAUGCCAGUUUGGGUCUUGUAAACGGUACAAUUGCUAAAGUAAUUUCAAUUGUACGAGAAACAUCUACUGAUGACGUAGAAAAGAUUAAACUUCUUUUACCAUCAGGUUUAGAAUAUGAAAUUGAAAGAGUAACGGCUAAAUUUCAGGUAUUGGAUAGAGCGUAUGUGAUUCGAAAACAAUUUCCAUUAUCUUUAAGUUAUGGCAUCACUAUUCAUAAAAGCCAAGGAUUAAGUUUGCAAAGUGUUGUUAUGGAUAUUGGCAACUCUGUAUUUAGUUGUGGUCAAAUUUAUGUUGCCUUGUCGCGAGUAACAUCUCUAGAAGGAGUGCAUUUAAUAAACUUUGAUCCUUCAGCAGUAAUAGCUAACGAAAAAGCUAUUAUUAAAUAUAAUCGUUUAAAACAGAUAUACAAUCCGAAAGCAGAAAUGAUUGCUGUGUCAAAAGAACGUUGUCGUAAAGUAAAAGAUGUUCCAUGGGCGUUACCAAAAAUAGUUACUUCUGUUCAAAAAUCAAAUUCAGAUCGAAAAAUUCAACAUACGGUUUCAAAUAAAAGAAUUUAAAGCACUGCUUGGAUCAUACGUGGUUUUCAGAAUACAGACAAGAUUUCAUGUUAUGCAAAUACAGUAUUGCAAUGUUUAUUACAUUUAAAUAUUAUUAGGCAGCAGUUGAUUAAUUGCGAUAAAACAGACGUUUUACGUAUAUUAAUGCAUCGAUAUGAAAAUGGAAUGCGUAAUCUAAAUACAUAUGCAAUACGGCAAUGUUUAGGAGAAUAUUUUUUGAGUAUGGUAAGACGAAACGCGUACGAUUUUCUUACGGCACUU